AUGGCCGAAACACCAUCAAAACGCCAUAGGGAAGAAACUCUUGCCCUUGAAGACUGUGAGGACUCAAAGCGCCAAAAAUCAUAUACCCACAUACUCUCCAUUCUUGAAGAUGAAGAAGAUGAACCCAACCAGGACCUCUCAGCUAUCUUCACAAGUCUCCAGCAAGAGCUCUCUUGUGACUCCAACAACUUCGACCCUUCACUCUCCGUCACCGCAGAGGCGGACCCAGACCACCAAACCACCGUCCCAGCCACCUCUGAGUGUAGCCCUAGCUCACAUGGUGAAGAAGAUGACAAAGAGAGAGUCAUUAGACACCUUCUUGAAGCCUCGGAUGAUGAGCUUGGGAUACCCCACAAAGUCGACGGUGGUGAUGAUGACAUCAACGGUAGAGACCUCGCCUUCGCUUUGUGUGAUGGGUUUUGGGAGUUUGAAGAUGAGACUGCCAACUACUAUGCGUUGUUGCAGUCUGAACUUUUCAUGUAG